AUGUCGCUAUCAUGGGAUGUUGAAUUGGAGUCUCAAUUUGAGACAACGUGGAUCAACUUUCGUGUUGUCGUGCUCAGUCACGGUGACUACCUUCUCUACCAUAUCCUACUUCGAUCCUCUGACAAGGGGAUUGAUGUCAUACACAAACUCAACAACUCUCUUUCGGCCUCUCGCGGUUGGUGGAUGAACAGGUUAUUGAAGCUCGUUCCAUUUAUCAGGCCGGUGGCUUAUAACGCAAAGAUGUGCCCAGUACCAAUUGAGGCCAUCUCCCAAGAUCUUCCCUGCACCGUUGACAUUGGGGCCGAUUAUCGCUGCCACGUUCUGACGAGGGCCUUGCGCAACGCCAAAGAGCUCCCAGCUGGGUGCGACUUCAUUACCUCGUAUCGACGCUUCGCAGCUAUAGUCGAGGCGCCUGGCACUCUCCGUGCACGAGAUGUUUUAUUGAUACGCUUGGAGCUCGAUAAGCUCAUGCUCUCGGCGUUUGUCAUGCUGGCCCUGGUCUUUUCCGUCGUUUGUGGAGCUGCGGCAGGCAUUGUGUGGAAGAGUUUGGAUACUGGGCUAGGAGUGUUUGGUGCUGUCAUAGGCGUGGUUGUUAGAUACUGCAUUUCCAGGUCCAGUCACAGUGGCUGA